AUGAUGCAAGAAGAGGAUGUUACAGCAGCUGAGCAAGUUGUCCCUAAUACCGCAGAAGAAAAGAAAGAAGACUCCGAAACGCAAGAAGAAACGUCCACGAUGACAGGUUCGCUCUCAGACGAAGGUGUUGGCGCGUCGGAAACCAGCAUUGCUGAUCGCAUUGAAAAGACAAAAGAUAUGAUGAAAGACUUUGGCAACACGGUGGCUGUCGAAAAGCCAAAACAGAUGUUUGCUGACAUUCAAGGGAUGGCCUCUAAUCUUAAGGAAAGGGUUGCCUUUAGCAACAAGCCAGGUGAUGGAGAGUCUGACGAAACAGGUGAAAAAGUAGACCCUAUGGAAAUGCCUAGACAAUUGUUCGCCGGUAUGAAGGAAAAAGCAUCAAGUUUCAAAGUAUCUUUCAAUUCUCUUGCCGAUGGUGGUGCCAGCAGUGCUUCACCUGAUGGAGAGACAGGUGAAAAAGUAGACCCUAUGGAAAAGCCCCGACAAAUUUUUGCUGGUAUGAAAAAAAACGCGUCAAGUUUCAAAGGCUUCUCUUUCAACUCUCUUUCCGAUAGUGGUGUCACCAAUCCCUCAUCUGAUGGAGGGACAGGUGAAAAAGUAGACCCUAUGGAGAAGCCUCGACAAAUUUUCGCUGGUAUGAAGAAAAACGCGUCAAGUUUCAAAGGCUUCUCUUUCAAUUCUCUUUCCGAUAGUGCUGCCACCAAUACUUCAUAUGAUGCGGACUUGGAUGCCACAUCUGAUGAGCAAGCCGCAGUGGAGGGCUCACCGAACGAUGCUCUGGAACGAUCCAAAGUAUUCUUUACUGGUAUGAAAGAAAAGGCUUCCAGUUUCAAGAUGAAGCUACCCUUGGCAAAGGACGAAGAGUUUGAUGAAUAUGGCAAGGCAGUACCAGGACCUUUAGAUCGAAUGAAGGCGGACAUGAAAGACUUGGCAUCAGGCAUUCGGGGGAAAAUGGCAUCGACCAACAGUCAAGGUUCUGCUGAUGGCCUUGAUGACGGUACCCCGGGCCGUAGUUCUGUCUUUACCAUUUCCGAAGACCACGAAGAAAAUGAUUAUGAUAAGCUUGCGGCUAGCAACCGUUCUGUGGAUAUGCUUUCGUCUAGCCACCGUUCCAUGGCAAGCAACGAUCUAUCCGUCAAGGUCAGUGGAUUCAUCAACUCGGCCAAGCAUUCAGCGCAUGAUUCGCUGAGUAGUAUGCCAAGCUUGGCGUCCUUCUACGCUUCAGAUUCUUCCCUUCAAAGCUUUGGCUUGUCGGAUAGGUUUUCCUCAUUUCGAAACAAAACGAUUUCUCCCAUUUCGGAAAAACUAGGUUUCAAGCAUACCAAAGAGCCUGAAUCCGAAGAAGUCCAGUUCUUCCAGUCUACUACUGGUGACAAGAUCCCUGUUGGACCAGAGCCUACAAUCGUGAAGGAACUCUGUCCAGAAUUCAAGGAAAAGAAAACCAGCAGCGCAAAGCACUGGGAGAACGUCCUUCCUAAAUCCACAAAUGAUACAAGGCCAUCCAUGGCGCGACGACUUCCUUCCAUUGCUUCCUUGGACACGUCAGCUCAUGCUCCAUCACCACAGCCAUAUGAACACGACACAUCAUCUCUGACCAUUUCUGAGAACGAAUCCUGA